CAUUUCGUACGGGCUGUCAAACACAACAACAAAACAAGAAUUUCAGUUAGAAAAUCUAGAAUUUUUCACACAACUAUUCUUCGUUGGCGUUCCGGAUCUUCUAGGGUUUAUCCCAAUAAAUCGUUGCGAAUUUGAACACGAAUUGGGUGAUUUUCUCUGUCAGGAUUUUAAAACUGAUGUUCUGAUUAGGUUCGUGUGUGUUACUGUAAAUGGAAACCACGAAAGAAAACUCCGAGUUUAUCAGUAAUUUGGACAAGAACGACAAAAAUGGCAACAAUACGACCUAUUAUGGUGUUUACACGCCGAAUGACCAUUACGAUCCUGCAAUCAACGUUUUCCAAGACAAAAUUGAAGCAUUGAAGCUCGCAAAAAAAAACAAAAAGUCCCGCUUCAAACCCUUCCAGUUUUAUCACGAGGCUUUGGAAUUUGCACGCAACGGGUCUGAAUAUCCCAACAAUAAUGUUAAUAUUGAUGGACUCUUUUAUGUACAAACAAACCAUGAACAAACUCAACAAUCAGUUGGUGAAAAAGCCAGUCCCUUUAAGGGACCAAAACCGCAGGAACUGGUUGAACUGAGGAAAGCUAUUGAAAAUGGAAAUGAGGAUUUUGUUAAGGAAACCAUCUGGCAAAAUCCCAGAUAUUUAGUCAGUAGUGGGGACACUCCGAGUAUUUUACAAGAGGGUCCAAGAUACAAUGCUUUACAUGUAUGCGCCAAAGCCAAUAAUGCUAGACUGACCGAAUUAAUUUUGAACACUGUGUCAGAUGUGGAAUUUGUAAAAUUACUUUAUGGCGACGAUAAUGAGGAGAACGCGCUACGUCGUACCAAAAUCCUUUUAGAUCUGUACCUGAACACUCCCAACAAAGGACUUAACGAGACCCCAUUGCAUUUUGCUUCGAAAUAUGGGGCAUAUGAGGUGGUUGAAGUGCUUGUGUCCUUUCCGGAAUGCGAUCGGACUUUGAAGAACAAGUAUCAAAAGACAGCAGAAGAAGUAAUAUGUGAAAGAGCCGAGACAAAUUCGUCUCCAAUAAAAAAGAAAAUCCAGGUGUUACUGCAGCAGAAUUACUAUGUUCCUGUUUUACGUUCUGAGGGUAAUAGUCUACCUCCAAUUAUUGGAGAACCAUUUUCGCCCACUCAACCUUUGGUUUUACCCUCAAAUCCUCUGAGUCCUAGAUUGGAAAUUCACGCUUACGCAGGACCAAUGGACAAAUCAGAGGCUCAGAGGUUUAGGCGGGUGUGGAAAACACCACCACGUUCAGCCGGUUUCGGUUCGCCGAACGUCCGCCGCUUCAUCAGAGAUGAGGACUCGCCGCCCUCUGAUGUGAGUAGCGCACUCCGCUUCAGGGAUCCCGACAAAGGUUUGGAACGAAUUGGUAGCAACUUAGCCGGAAAGUACGAGGUCGGUUGGAAGGAGUAUUGGCCCUUCUUGAACGGAUUUGUGGAUAUUGUUUCGGAGGAAGGAUUGAAUUUAUUGGAGAAGCAUUUAAUUGCGGCGACUAAACUUUACGAUAAGCAAUCCGUUGUUAAUUCUCCGGUGUCGGUUCUAUCGCAAAGUCGGUCGGAAAUUAUAAGUCCCAUGUCUAGUUUAUGUGCGGCGUUCCAAAACUGUCAUUUGAAUGAUUCGAAUAAAACCAGUACCCCCGUCCAAACGACAGAUAAAAAAGAGCUGAAGCCAGUGUCAUACAUCGACAAGGCGUGCCAAGUUUUCUCGAAUAGAAUUAGUAACGACGUGCUUCACAUUUUGUGCAAGGAAUACAAUAAUAUAGCCCCAGUUUUGGAAAUUGAAAUGAAACAAUUAGAACUAUUAGUCGCCAGUUAUAUGGAGGACGCUCGAUUUGCUGGCAUCAAUUUUCAAAAGGUCCAUUCUAGACUGGGUGCGUUAGUAGGUAACAAAUUGUGCCACAAUAUAAAGGACGAUUCUCGUCAAUUCUUAUGUUCGAAACUCGAGUACCUCCUCGAAUGCGUCACUAAAAGUCUAGAUUGUUUUUCUUCUGACGACGAGGCGAUCCAUUUUCGCGACCAGAACGAGAUGAAAAAGCCCACUUCACACAAACGUCAGUUGAUUUGUUUGGUGGAAUUUAUUUUGGACUCGAUGCGAAGCAAGUUCGUUUCAGUUCUCAAUUUGGAUAACGAGGAAGAAUGCGUGGCAGAUUGGUGCAAGGCGGAGGAGUGUCAUUGCGUUUACCGGGUUCGGAAAUGGAAGAAGAACAGUCUCUCCAGAAGUGGAAGUGCCAAAAAUAAAAGCCAUUUCAAAAGUGAGGUGCUGCCCAUCAAGUUGUGUUUUGACGAUGACGAAAAAGUUAUUCAUCGGAAUAAUAUUAACAACAGUCUGAACGGCUUGACGCCACACGAGGACGAGAGUUCAUCAUCGGAUGACGAACAUUUUUACACGCCCCCUUCCAGUCCCACAUUUCAAUCGGAAUCCGAGUCGGACAACGAGUUUAACGACACACAGUUGCCCGAACUCGAAAUUUUCAUCUACGGAACUCGGCCGACGAAAACCGAUUAUGAUGUGUUCAAUGCACUGCGCUACUCCAAUUGUGUUCUGAGCGAGACAACACACCCGUACGUCUACAGAUGGAGGCAUAACGUGGGACUCUACUCAGAGACUGAAAGAGAACGGUGGCCCAGUCCGCAUCAUCUGAAAGUGAAGCAGAGAGAGCCGAACACACCGGACCCUUCUAUGAAUGGAUCAAUUAAUAGUGAACCAUUGCAAUGCAGCACUCCUUCCAAAUCCUGGAUAAGGAUAACGGGUGCGAAUUCACCGCGAGCUGCUUUCAAAAAUCUUAAACUCAAUUUUUAAGCUUUCUUUAAUGUACGUACUGUUUAGAUUUAUUUUGUUAAGUUGUAAAGUGACAGAAGAUCAGGAAUUUUUUGUUUCAAUUUUAUUUACUAAUGUACUAUUUUAAGUGUUUAGUUGUUUCUGUAACUGUAUAUAGUUUUUAAGUUUUUCUUCAGAUUUUUCUAUUUUUUGACCAGGUCCUCUCGUCCCUGAUUCACGUUUGUUACAUUUUUAAUAUUUGAGAUUCAUACUAAUUUAAAUUGUCCCAUGUAAAUGAACUGUUAAAAGGUUGUGCCUAGAUAUAUUUCCUUUACUAUGCUAUACUGUGACUGUAGAUAAAAGAUAUGAAAGUGAUAAUUAUAUUUUCUUAUUCAUAAUAAAAACAGAAAUCUACACUUCCUC